AUGUCAUCUGGUGAAGAAUGUGAAGUGGAGUUUGAAUAUGAUAUGGAAGGUGACGCAUCGUCCAUGUCAUUUGAAUCAGACCCUAGUCCCGAUGAUAUAUUUGACACCAACGAACCAAUAGACACACCAAACUCAAGAGUCUAUACCGACUCGACAAAUACUGGCUACAACGGCACUUUGUACAAGACUUGGACUUUAGAGAAGUUUGUCGAAAACACAUCCUUGCAAGCAUUAAAGAAACUUGAAAAUGUCCAGCUAGGUGGCUGUUCGGAAGAUGACUUGCUCAUCAUGUUGCAAGUUAAAAAGUGGCAACUGGAUCAGGUCUUGGACGCAUAUUUUGAAGACAAGGAGCGAUUUCUAAAGCAGUGUGGUUUGCCAACCACGGGUCGGUCGAAUAAUAAAUUCCGAGUGGCAACAGAUUUCCUGUGCUUCAUAUGCUGCGAGGACUAUUCAAGCACGCAAGUUUACUCGACAACUUGCGGCCACGAGUAUUGCAUCGAAUGCUAUUGUCAUUAUAUUCUGAGCGAGGUCAGUAAUGGCCGCCUCAUAACUUGCAUGGAACCAUCGUGUACUUUCACCAUUCCACAUAAAGAUGUUGCCAAGAUUGCAUCAUGGAAGAACAAUUCGAAUUCGAAUUUGAAUUUGAAUUUGAAUUUGAGUCUGAACCUGAACCUGAGCCUAAAUUUGAUUUCAAGGAACCUAGUGACGACAGAGCGGUGCAAUCUCAAGGAGAAUCCACUCAUAAUUGCCAAUGCAAGACAAAUUGUCAAUUCGAAGAAUGUUUACAAAUGGUGUCCAGCUACCGAUUGUCGCAGCUUUACUGAACUUAUUACAGCCAAUUCAUUGCUAUCGUUCAACAACAGCAGCAACAGCAACAGCACCAGCAUUACUAGUAGCAGCAAUAUUAAUCGAGAUGACAUCUCGCUUGUUCCCAUAGUUGGAUGUGCUGAGCAACACGAAUUUUGCUUCCAGUGCAACUAUGAAAACCAUUUACCGUGUCCUUGUUGGAUUGUUAAAAAGUGGAUCAAGAAGUGUGCCGAUGACUCUGAAACCGCAAAUUGGAUCGAUGCCAAUACCCACAGUUGUCCCAAAUGCCACACCUCGAUUGAAAAAAAUGGAGGCUGCAAUCACAUGACGUGUCGAAAAUGCCAUAAUGAAUUUUGCUGGAUUUGCCUCGGGGACUGGGCUAGCCAUUCAAACAACUACUCGUGUAAUCGAUAUAAAGACGAGCGGGCUGAAGAUGAACGAAGGAAAAACAAGAGCAGAGCUACUUUGGAGAGAUAUUUGCAUUUUUAUAAAAGAUAUUCUAUUCACGAGUCAUCCAUGAAUGGAGAUCAGAAAACAUUGAAGAAAAUUGACGAUGUUACGAAAUUGUAUAUGGAAGAUCGGAGAACGAGAGGUGAGCAUAAUUUAUCAUGGAAUGAUAUUCAAUUCUUACCCGAUGCAAUGAGGGCUUUGCAAAACGGAAGGAAAACUUUGAAAUGGACCUAUUGCUUUGCAUUUUAUCUACACAAACUGAACUUUGCCGAAAUUUUCGAAACCAAUCAGGAUUUCCUAAACAAGACCGUUGAGGAUUUGUCGGAGGUUUUUGAAGAAAUCAUUGCUAUCGACAAAGCCCAUGAAGUUGGCAGAAUACUAGAGAGGAAAUUCAAAAUUAUAGCUUUGGGCGAAUUGGUCAAAUCGAGAAGAAGAACUUUGAUUAAAAGUGCUGAAGAGAAUCUCGUUGGGAAGCUUCUUAAAUUUGAUGAUGAUAUAUAA